UUGUCUUUUAUACUAUAGCUUCUUUCUUUUUUUCUAGGGUUUCCAAAAAAGUCUCCGAUUCUCCAAUCGAAAUUCUCCGUACAGCUUGAGUUCUAAUCUGAGACAUUGAAUUAUUUCUUAGAAUCAGCGGAUAUCCCAAUCUCGUUCUCGUCAGAGCUCGUGAUUUGAUGGUUCAGUUAAUGAGAUCGGAUAUGGCUCCGUUUGGGAACAGCAACAAUUUGCCGUUGAAGCUAGAGAUCGUUGACUCCUUAGAAGAAGAACACGGAUCUCUGAAUAAACGGUCGAAAUCUUCAUCAAUGUCACCUUUUGAUCAGUGGAGCACUGGAAGCAAUGACUUUCCCAUUCCACCUUCACAGUACAAUCCACUUGAUGAGCCUAGCCCUCUGGGUUUGCGGCUAAGGAAGAGUCCAUCAUUGAUGGAUUUGAUUCAAAUGAGACUCUCCCACGGCGAUGCUGCUUCUGUUGCUGCUGAGCCUAGUGGAAAUCUCUCCUUGGAAAAUAAGAAGGAUGUUAGUGUCACUGCUGCUUCAGGCGUUGCUGACAAGUUGAAAGCAUCGAAUUUUCCUGCUUCACAUUUAAGGAUUGGGAGCUGGGAGUAUGUGUCAAGAUAUGAAGGUGAUUUAGUUGCGAAGUGUUACUUUGCUAAGCAUAAACUUGUUUGGGAAGUUCUUGAUGGUGGUCUCAAGAGUAAAAUAGAAAUUCAAUGGUCAGAUAUCAUGGCUGUGAAGGCGCAGUGUCCUGAUAAUGGACCUGGGACAUUGACUCUGGUGCUGGCAAGACAGCCUCUUUUCUUCAGGGAGACCAAUCCACAGCCUAGAAAGCACACUUUAUGGCAGGCAACUACCGAUUUUACUGAUGGACAGGCUAGCAUAAAUAGGCAACAUUUUCUGCAGUGCUCACAAGGCCUGUUAAACAAACAUUAUGAAAAGCUGAUCCAGUGUGAUGUGCGUCUUAACUUUCUGAGUCGACAGCCGGAGAUAGUUUUGGAUUCACCAUAUUUUGAACCACGAGCUUCUGUUUCCAAGGAUCCAGAUGAUUUGAAGGGCCAUGGUAUUAAUCAACUGGAGACUGCUGAAGGAUCCCCCAUUUCUGGCUACCAGGAUGUAGCAUUACCAGCUGCCGCACAGUCGUCUUUCUUGGGGAUUGGACACCGUGAUCGUCUUGUUUUGGCCCCCGACCAUUUGUCCAAAGAAGCCCCUUCCCCAAGCUCAGUGAUGGAUACACGAGCCAUUGAAGGGAAUGGAAACUUUCAAGGAUAUGAUUGCCAAGGGCUAAAGAACUGGGAGCAGUUGAAAGUGCCAGGGCUCCAUCCCUCUAUGUCCGUGAGUGAUUUUGUGAAUCACAUUGGACAUCGUAUUUCAGAGCAAAUGACAUCUGGAAAUUUGCCAUCUGAGAAAACAUCAGAACGCCAGGACAUGCUGGAGAACAUUGCACAAAUUUUGUUCAGUGACAAUCAAUUUAUUGCAGCUUCGGAUGAGAAGAGCCUUAUGAAAAGAGUGAAUUCUCUCUGCAGCCUCCUUCAAGACCCCGCCACAGCUUCAAUUGUGCAUGUUGAUGGACAAAGUCACUUUGAAGGGAUUCAAGAUGGAAAAUAUGUUGAACAUAACCGUGCUUGUGACUCGCUUUGUGACAACAAGGCGAGAAGUGAUACUGUGGCUUCUGAAGUGUAUUUCAAGGAAGUUCCUGGCUGCAAGCAGGCACCCAUGGCGAGAAAAGAUUCAUUUGCUGACCUGCUCCUUCAGCUCCCCCGGAUCACUUCUCUCCCAAAGUUCUUGUUUGACAUCUCUGAAGAUGCCGAAUCUCAAACUAGUUCAUAAAUUAUUUAUGCAGAAUAUUUAAGGUGGUCCUGAGAAUUAAGCUAGGUAGUGCGGUCUUCUCUCUCAUUCCUAUGUGUAUCUGAAUGGAAGCUUUGGUUGGUGGUUAAAAUGAUUUUUGUAUUAAGGAAUUGUUGGGAUUCUGAAAUAUGUUUUGAUGACGAAUCCUGACAAAUAUUCCAUGCAAGAAUCAAAGUAUUUGGUGUUGCAGCUCCUAGUUUACUGGUAUUAUUGAUGUCCGGUGAAGGAAUACCGAUUCUGUUGUGUAUGUUGGCAUAUCCAUCAAUUUACAAUCUACC